GGGGAUUUGUGCAGGCUCAUAUAGUUAGUUGGUCAUAGGUUUGGACACUUUAGGCAGUCCCUUCUUAAAAUAUUGUCCUUAAAUGCAUGAAAUUAAUAUAUAUAUGGGACACAAUUAUAUUGCAAUACAGUUAUCAAUAUAUUUUUAAAAAUGCUUAUUGACGUCAGAUUAAAAGCCUGCUUGAACACAGGAGGUGGAUUUAAACUUCAGAUUUCACGGCUUUCGGGUGCAGAUACAGUUUCUUUCUUAAGAAGGAAGAUCCCUCAAGAGUUUUUUUUCUUCUCUCCUCUUGCCCCCGUUAUAAAGUGGGCAGGAUUUGGACGGGCUCUCUCAUUGGCUCAUUCGACGGUUUCUCCCCGCCCCUUGGGGCCGGAAAGCCAAUGAGGGCGCUUGCUCUAGUUUAAACACAGUCUUGGGAAAACAAAUCCGGCUGAGCUGCUAACGGCUGCGGUGGGCGUGGCGCGGUGGUGGGCGUGGCACGGCGGUGGGCGCCGCUCAGCUCUUCUGGACAACUGGCGGUGAGGACUCCGCGUGAGCAGGUCGGCCUCAGGUUCCGGGGGAGACGGAAGUUCGAGCCCGGUGCGACAAGGUGCUUGGUUUGGAGGUAGGGACACAGACGCAGGCCGGGGGCUUGCCCCAGAACAGGCCCCUGAAGAGAACCUGGUAGGUAGAAGGCGAGGAAACGGCCGAGCCGCCAACCGCGUCCUCCCGGGGUUCUGCCCUCCCUUCUACAGUAAUCCAGAAUGGCGACUCUAAUCUAUGUCGAUAAGGAGAAUGGAGAACCAGGCUCUCAUGUGGCACCUAAAGACAGGCUGAAGUCAAUCAAAGCCUUAUCUGGAAGAGCUCAGAUUUCAACUCCCAAGGCUGGCAAAGUGUUUGCUGCAACUCCAACUUUAUCCAAAUCUGUCAGAAAGGCUUUGGGGCCUGUCAACAGGACAACAGAAAAGGAAAACUUCGUGGGGAAGAGAAACGUACCUCUCAAACAGAAAGGGCAAAACUUCGCAGCUAAAAAUGUGACUGAAAAGAUUCCUACAGAAAAAACCUCGGUUCGGUUCUCAAAUGAAACAUGUCCAGAAAUAGAAAACUUCUUUCCCUUCAACCCACUAGAAUUUGAGAGUUUUGAUGUUCCUGAAGAACAUCAGCUUGCAAAUCUGCCACUGACUGGUGUCCCCCUCAUGAUUCUUAAUCCGGAAAAGUCGUUUGAAAGACUUGUAGAACUUCCACCUUCACCUAUGCUGUUGCCUUCUAUGACAUGGGAGUCUGAUCUGUUGGAAUCUACUUCAAGCCUUCUGUCAACUGUGGAUGAAAUUGACUUGCCACCUGUGUGUUAUGACUUUUCUGUUUAAAUGUCUUGUUAUUUUAUGAUGUAGUUAUAAUCAUUUUUGUAUUAAUAAAGCAAUUCUUUAUUUAGUAAACUUUA